CAGAAAUUAAAAUAUUUUAAUUUAAUGUUUCGAAAUUUAUGAUGACUAAAAUUUAUUCGUUUAUUUUAUUUAAAUUUAAUCUAUAAAUUAAACUUAAACGUAACUUUAAAUCGUCCAAAGUAAGCAUGAGUAAGAAGAAUGACAAACUGUAUAUCUAUGCCUUAGAGAUCUUUUUUGCCUGUGGAAUAUCUUUUGGUUCUCAAAGUGUACAUUUUGACAAUAUACAGACAUGGCUGGUGAUUGUUGCCCGCUAUGUUGUCUACAACUUGAUUAUAAAAGGCAUACACGAAUCGAGUGUUCUCGGUUUCAACCACUUUCAAACUAGGAGUAAAUUAGAUUUCAACAAAAUUUAUGAUCAGAGCAAAAUCUUCCUGAUAAUAUUCGCAGGAUCUAUGUGCGUCUUAGUUUAUUCGAAGCAACGAGUUUUCGACGAAGGAUUUUUAUUGUUUUUUAUUGGACACCUCAUAGCAAAAUAUCCUGAAAUUGAACAAAAAUCUUCGACAAUAAACUAUGGUGUAGGAAUGGCGUGCAGUUUCUUCGAAGGGUACCUCGCGCACAUCAUUCCCAAUGAUGGGGCACGGUUCGUGGGCUUCGAAGAGAACAUCAACAUAUACGAAGCGAAGCAAGGCGUUGUAUUUCCAGUGAAGAAAUUAUUUAUAGUCAUCACGAAGUCGCUCUACUGUCCCCCGGAUUUGAAACAGUUCAAUAAGAAAAACCAACGGCUUCCGUAUUUGGAAGCUUGUCAGUCGCUGGAAGACGUGGAGAAGGACGUCGCCGGCGUCAAGAAUCGCACGUACCGCAACUCCGCCUACAAGAUCUACCGGCCCGGCCUCGCGCCCGUCUACCUCGCCGCCGAGUGCGCCACCCCGCUGCACACGCUGCACCGCGUGCUCGAGCGCCGCGCGCUCUACCCCGAACUCUUAAAUAUCGACACUCAAGAAAUAGUUUCCGACUUCUGCACGAUGCUUCGAUCGAUAAUUAGCAAGAGUUCGGACUGUCGCGACAAAUGCGAAUUAGUUUUUUACGAUGACAAAGAUCCAAAUCUGAAUCUAGCGGACAUCCUACUCGAGAAGAUAAGAGAGCUGGAACCGGAUUUUGAAAAUAUUAUUACAACUGAACCUCGGUGAAUCCAUUUCAUCGUUAACUGCUUUUUUAUAUAUUUUAUGUAUGUAUGUAACAUUAAUCUAAUUAUCUAUUUUUUUUUUUCAAGUUUUACACGACGGUCCUAAAAAGGAUUGUUACCAAGGUUCAUGAAUGUAUGUGAGUUUGUUUAUCCCACCAUUAGUUUUAGAUUUGGACGUUUAGGGUAUCGUAAGAAUAUUUAUAUCAUCCCGAGUUAUACUGGCUAUAAAUUAAUUAAUUCAUUCUAAUAAUCGAACAAUGGUGAUAUUUUUUUUCAUUUUAAAGUAUUUUUUAUAAACAUUUUAGUAAGCCCGUUCGUAGUAUACAAGUUUAACAUUUAAAAUGUUUGGGAAUUAACUACAUUGCCAGAGUGGUGCCGCAUACCAUCAGGUGGCCCAUUCGGAGGCUGCCUAGAUAUUUGAAAAUAUAAUGACUAUUGUUACAUAUUUGUAUUAAAAUAUCUAUUUUUAUAUUCGUUAUUAACUUACCAAAGAUAAUGUUAAACAUGAAUUUCGUUGCAAGAAACAAGAGGCGAAAUGAUUGAGUGAUCAAAUCACGUGUUAUUUCGUCGUGUUUUUACUCGAUUGCACAGAAUAUGAGUAUAAUGUUAUCGGGCUUCAUGUAUGUUUAUAUUAUGUACACUAUACCAAUCGAAGAGGGAAUAAAGAUAAACAAAAAAAUAAUUACACAUUUCAUGCGAUUAUCUUAUAGUUUUAUUUUGUUUUGGAUUUAAUUAAAAACAAUUCCAAUAAGUACUUAUAUCCACUUGGAAAGUUCCGAUAUCAGCUUCGUUGACAUUCAAAACGCCAUUAUUUUGUAAAUCCAUAAUUUUCUGUCAUAGACAACAUAGACAACAUUUCUGUCAUAGAUCAUUCGACCUAUGAUUUCGCGACAAUAACCUAUCAGAUGUUUAUUUCAUUAUAUGUUUCUUAGUUUUAUUGUUAUGUUUCGAAUGCCUUAACAGAUUUUAAUGGGGAUAUCAUUAGAAUCUAUUAUCUAUUCAUCAUCCCGAGUGACACUAGUUAUAAUUCUUUAAUUACAUAAUCUGUGCCCUGUCGGCACAACUAAACGCCAUUAAACUAAGAAUUGAAUCAAUUACAAAGUUAUCAUUAAAUCCGUAUAAAUGCCACUGAGCUGAGUUACAUGAGACUAAUCAUUUUCCAAUUGACGGUGAUGGAGACCAGGUCGAGGGAAUCUGUGUCCCCGGAUUAAAUAUUAAAUGUGGUAUAAGGCGUGGUGAAAUAAGUUACAAAACUUCUAAAAAGACAUUUUAAAUCCUUUGCAUUUCUUAUGCAUUUGUUAUAUUGCUAAUAUUACUGAAUAUCUCUCCAAAAAUUAGUAAUAUGUUUUUAGUAUCAGACUCGCAUUUAUUAUUCUGAAAUCAAAGUCAAAAAUAUUUAUUCAAAAUAGAAGUGUUAUUUACUUAUUGAAUGUGAAGAAAAUAAAUCUCACCAGUUCGAAAGAAACACCUCAGAAACUUUAGAAGUAUCGGCGAAAGAAGCUCAGCAACUCAGAAAUAGUAAUUUUUUAUGCUUUUGUUAAGCUCUUAGUAUGUUUUUUGUUCAUUCGUCCUUGCCAUUUUUAAUUAAGUAUAUAUAUGUAUCUAUACAAGUACAUGUUAAUUAAUAAUUUUGUAUACUAGUCGUGGAUGCUUGCAGAAUUUUAGUGCUAGGUUUAUUUCAGUCACUUGUUUUGUAUUUCGGGUUCAUUGACUCCAGGAAUUUUUGACGAGGUCCCAAAGACGCGAUACAUUAUUUAGGUUUUCUCUGUUAUCGUAAAUAUCCUACGGCUUAAGACAAACAAUGACUGAACAGGAUUUUGUCACAAAAGGAGCAGACGUGAUAGCAGGUGUGAUAAGAUCUAGGCUCAACUCUCGCUAUGAAUGUUUGAAUUUUCAAAAAGCAUCCAUUUUCAGCCUAUGGGUCUGGCUAUUUGCAUUUCAGUUCAAAUGAGCUACUUAUUGUUAGGGUUGCCAGGUAGCCGGACAGACCAACUAGUUUGGUCGGACAUUUGGGUAAAGAGGCCGGACGGGUGUCCGGCCUCUUUAUUAUUGAAGAUUUUGUGUCUCAAAAUUAAGAGAUACGGUAAAAAAAUUGUAUGUAAAAUCAAGCUUUAAUCUAAUUAUUACCAUUAAUCUUGUUAAUGUCUAAUGAAAUUAACAAAUAUAUCUCAUUUG